GCGCGCUCCGGUCCACAGCAAGCGCGUGUCAUUGAGGGAGGUGAUUAGAGUGUCUUCUUUUGCAUACAUGACUUUCUGUCGACAAUAACAAUGUGGCGCAAGAUGUUCACCUCCGUCCCUGCUUUCAGAGCCCUGAAAGCACCCUGUCGGAGCUUUAAAAGCAGCAGCAGGGGACCAGAUAAAGACUUCUUUAAAGAUCUGGAUGCUCAGCUGCGGGCGUUUCGGGACAAAGCGGCCGCAGCGAUGCCCGGCAGUGACUGGAGCCCGAUUGAGUUGACCCCCGGCCUGCCCCCGGAGAGGGCCGAUGUGGUGAUUGUAGGAGGGGGAGUCGUAGGAUGGUCCAUCGCAUACUGGCUAAAGAUGAAGGCGCGAGUGAGGGAUGGUCUGAGAGUGCUGGUGGUGGAGAAAGACCCUACUUAUUCCCAGGCGUCGACUGUGCUGUCAUGUGGUGGAAUUCGGCAGCAGUUCUCCUUGAAAGAAAACAUCAUGCUGUCUCUGUUUUCAGCUCAUUUCAUGAAGAACAUUAAUAAUCAUCUCUGGGUUGUAAAUGAAGACCCCGUUGAUCUGCAGUUUAAUCAUUCUGGAUAUCUCUUCCUCGCCAGUGAAAAAUCAGCUCAUAUCAUGGAGGAAAACUACAGAACUCAGAGAUACGUGGGUGCGAAGGUCGCCCUCCUCUCACCAUCCCAGCUGAAGGAGCGAUUCCCUUGGAUGAACACGGAGGGGGUCGCUCUGGCUUCUCUUGGACUUGAGAACGAGGGCUGGUUUGACCCCUGGUCUCUCCUGAACGCUCUCAGACGCAAGGCCGUGUCUAUGGGAGUCUAUCAGUGCUUUGGAGAGGUCACAGGAUUUAAAUGUGCUGCAAAUUUGGCAGAAACCACAGAUGGAGAGGUUCUUAAUGUCCAGAGGAUAAAAUAUGUCAAUGUGCGGAUGCCCAACAGUCUGGAGUAUCAGCCCGUGGAAUGUGCCGUUGUGGUUAAUGCAGCAGGUGCAAACUCAGGAAAGAUCGCCUCCAUGCUCGGCAUCGGAUUAGGCCCGAAAGAAUCCGUGUCUGGUGUUCCGCUACCCGUGGAGCCCAGGAAAAGGUUUGUUUAUGUGGUACAUUGUCCUGAUGGACCAGGGUUGGAUACUCCAUUUCUGAUUGACUAUUCAGGGGUUUACUGUAGACGAGAGGGACUGGGAGGAAAUUACAUCACAGGAAUGUCACCAGAGGAGACAGAAGAACCAGAUAUCAGUAACCUUGAUGUGGACCAUGAGUUCUUUCAAGAAAAGGUCUGGCAUCAUCUGGCAAACCGUAUUCCUGCAUUCGAGCAUCUGAAGGUUUCAAGCGCGUGGGCUGGGUUUUAUGACUACAACACCUUUGAUCAGAAUGGUAUUAUUGGACUGCAUCCUCUUGUGCCCAACAUGUACUUUGCCACGGGCUUCAGCGGUCACGGUCUGCAGCAGUCUCCUGCGGUCGGGCUCGCCGUGGCUGAGCUUAUUCUGGACGGAGGCUUUAAGACCAUCGACCUUAGUGCUUUUGACCUUAAACGGAUCCUCCUGCAGGAGCCCAUACUAGAGAGUAACAUUGUGUGAGGAGCACAAAAACAUACUGGGAAGAUGAAUGUGUCCUCAAAAUGGAGCCACUUGACAUGAACGUUAUAAUGACAUCAUAGUUCAGACAGAACUCUCACUGGAACAAUGGUCAAAGUUCAGUUUGGAAACCAAACAUAAUCAGAAUAUUAAAAGGGUUAGUUCUCCCAAAAAUGAAAAUUCUGUCAUUAAUUACUCACCCUCGUGUCGUUCCAAACCCGUAAGACCUCCGUUUAUCUUCGGGACACAGCAAGAAUACAUAGCAAGGAGUAAAAUAGUCACAUGGACUAUUUUACCGAAGCCCUUGCUACGUUUCUGUGCAUUGAUCAGGGGUUUAACCGUAAUUUUACGAAGCAUCGAGAAUACUUUUUGUGCGCAAAGAAAACAAUAAUAGCGGAAGACGGUAACUCUGGGAGAAGAACUGCUGAAUAAAUUAUGCUAUUUUUGUUUUUCUUUGUGCACAAAAAGUAUUCUUGUAGCUUCAUAAAAUUACGGUUAAACACCAGAUCAACGCACAGAAACGUCGCAAGGGCAUCAGUAAAAUAGUCCGUCACAUGGACUAUUUUACCAAUGCCCUUGCUGUGUUUCUGUGCGUUGAUCUUGGUAAUAUUCUUGCUGUCUAUGGAGGGUCAGAGAGCUCACGGAUUCCAUCAAAAAUAUCUUAAUUUGUAUUCUGAAGAUGAACAAAGGUCUUAUGGGUUUGGAACGACAUUAGGGUGAGUAAUCAAUGACAGAAUUUUAAUUUUUGUGUGAACUAACCCUUAAAGAUAUGAAAGACGAGUGAAAAAUGCUGCUGGAUUCAACAAAAUAGUACUGUUCAAGAAAUGUAUGGUAGAGAUCAGAAAAUUCAGAUGGACAUUUUGUGAAUUUGUAAUUGCAUAUUUAAAUUUGCAUAUGAAACCAAUCAUGAUACAUCCUAUUUUUGUUUUGAAAGUGCUUUUCUAGAUGUUCAUACGGUUUCAGAAAUGAAUACCAAAAAUUAUCAUAAACUUUAAAAGUUUGUUUCUAAAUCAGACAUCAUGGACUGAAUUUUAUAAACCUGUACAUAUUUUAA